CUCUAGCCUCCUCCACCGAGAAUGAGUCUAGCAAAUCGAGAGAACAAGGCUCUCCUCAAGAGUAACUUGAUUUUUUCUACGUUAUACUGCAAAAGACUCAGGCUAUAGAUCUGGCGGAACUUCGUUGAAUUUCGUACAGUCCCUAUCAUCAAUCAAGUUUCUGCGCAAUUUCUGCGUGACUCGAUUGAACUUAAUUAUGCCUCAAGGUUUUCGUCGUUACAAAUGCGUCACGACAACUCUCUUUUGCACCUCGACCACCAUUAACGGCUUGAACUCGUCUUCUCAGAAGCGAAAUGGGAAAUCUUCGCUCGCAGAAUGAGCUGAAAGGUCUACCUUCUCCUACACCUCAGAAGUAUGAGGACCAAGAUGACCCGUUCGAGGAAGACUAUAUCAGGACCCAAUCUUACUUUGCUUCUUCAUCUCCAAAAUCUAUCGUCGACGGUACUACCCAGUCUUUGGUAAUCAAAUGCUCGCCUUGUUACCUCUAUAAUACUUGACUAGCUACUAGGGGAUACCCGUACAGAAAACUUCAGGACAAGCAUUGCUUGACCAUUCACGUUUAGUCAAAGACGACGGGGAUAGCUCUGUCGGUUCUGCCAACGUCUCACUUCCUCUAUCCGAUUCUAUAAUUCCGGACACAUUUGAUGAUUCAGUCGAGCUGGCAACGAAUAAUACUCUACAAGCAAGAAUACCUUCAUCGAUGGGUAAAGUCGUGUCUGGUAAUCCAAUCAUCACUAUUCUCUCCAACUCACGGUCCCAUAUAUCCCUCGCAGAACCCAACUUCGCGAAGGCGGGUGCUACGAAACAGGUCGCAAAUUACUUGAAACCUGCUGAUAUCAAUGCGCAACCGAUUAUGCCUACUUCAAUCCGAGCUCUAGCAGUUUCAUCGGAGACUCAGGCUGAUGUCGGGACUGGAACUUCGUCAAAUAUUAAAAAACUCAGCUCUCCCAUAUCUCAUACCACGCGCUCUCUUUCGAAAAGAAAGUCAAAGCCAGGUCAUUUGGAGUUUGUUAGUUCUAGCGAUGCCCCUCCAAAAGGACCUGUUGCGGGCUCUCAUCCUCCCCCUCGUUCGCAUCCCCGCUCUCGUCGACGCAGAAGACGCCAGGCAGGGAAGACCCCAGCAUCCGAUGUUGACGGCAGAAGCACAGAAGGUUCAGUGAACAAGAAUCGGUCUUCUCUUCUGCAAGAGACUAGAGCAUCCAUAACCUCAUCUCCGCCGUCGCCAACCCAUGGCCUUAGCAGCAGAUGGGCGCCUCAUUUUGAGCGCUCGAUCCCUACUGUCGCGAGUGUGGCGUCGGAUUCUACCCACGAAGGAAAGCCUGAGGUUCCGACUGGGGAUAAGACGGACAAAUACCGGCGCUCAGUGCCCCCAGGGAAGGAUGCUCUUGCCACAUGUGAAAGUCAAGUGCCAACGGUUGAAAUGUCAGGUACCUCUCUGCAAUCUCCGAUUCUGAGACAGGAUAACGACCGUAGAGGUGAAAAUCCUUCCCUUGUCCUUCCGACGCAGCCCGUCGUUCAAGUUAAUCAGCACCUACCUGAGGCAUCCACAAAUUAUGGGUCGCCUCCUGCACUUAAUGCAUCUCAUGAUCCUCAAGUUACUGUUCUGGAUAGUACAAUGCCCGCCACCGGCUUGCACAAUGUCCGUCAGGCAGAACCAAUUUCUCUUAUCUCACAGUUACCACUACAGCAAACCAAUAACUUUGGUGGACGAGUGGGAAGUAUUUCAACCAUUCAUCGGCCCCUCGCUCAUGGAUUGAUACCGUCCGACCCUCUAACAGGAUUCCACAACGGGAGUUCCGUAGCUGUAGACAAACCCUUUAUCAGCGAUAGUCAAUUCUCAUCUCAUCAUGCUCGUGAACCUUGCCACUUCGUGCCACGACGGCCUCAUCCAUCGGUACAGUAUCCCCUUGACCCCCUAUACUGGAAGGUACAUGAUACUUGUGGUGACGUCCCUCAAUCCCGGGUUAAACGGCUGGACAGUGGUACUGACGUUGGAGCGUUGUACGAACACUCCAUUCCAAGGCGCACCAAGAUAGCUGAUCCCAGACUCAUGCAUGCAACCUCUCAACACCUUGGUGACGGGCGAGUAGUACCCUUCCGUCCCCAACCUUCACAGCCUAAUCCCAAUCUUAUGGAUGCGCCUUGGAUCGUACCUACCCAACAGAACCCAAAACGUAUGGAAAGCUCGCUCACGCAAGCCCCUCCAUCCAGGUCGCACGUCAAACAAAUUCGGCCCGUUGUCUCAAUGCCUAUGAUCAACCUUCAGUAUCAGCAGCCGGUUCCUUCAAAACAUUCAGAUCAGGAUGCAAGCCACGCUGGAUUCUAUUGCGAACAGAAUGACAUUAUACGACCGAUGGCAGCACAGCGCGGUAUUGAUCUUCGACUUCCAAUCCACACAACCUCAGAAGCCUCAUUUCACAACAAUCCACCGCCUGCACAGGUCAUGAAUAUUUCUCAAGGGAUCGCCUCUCAUCCAAGUCCCGCUGCCAUCGGAUGCCCCAAAAUACCCGAUAAAGAUUUCAAUUCGAAGAGACACGAUUUCCGUAUACGCUCCUAUCAGCGUUCUGUUGUUGUAGGAGUUCCAAAAGAGGAACCGGUGAACGCGCAAAAGCUAGACUUACAACGUCAAGGGCUGUUAUUGAUGGAUAUCAGAGUUUCUGGAGUGCAAAGGGGAUUGCAACCAGUAAGGGAGCGCGAAGACGGUCAAAAGGAAGUUCCGGCGGACAUACAAAGCUUAACUUCGCAACGUCAGCUCAAUUCCCGAGCGGAUUCACAUUCUCCUGCCACCGAAGAUGUACCUCAAUACAAUGCGUCUGAGAGAAAACGGCUGCAGACGUCUGUUCUUGACAGGCCGAGUGUCCGCACGAAACCAGAAGAGAUCCUGGCAUGGAGAACGGACAGAAAUGAGAGUACGUCCCACGCACUGAUAGCCAAGAGGUCGAUGCCGACCCUCAAAUACGUACCACCUUCCGUGGCCCUGAGCAAAGGAACUUCGGUCAACGCUAAGGACAAUAAAAGUUUCAUGCUCUCCUCAAAAACCGUCGUGUCUCGGAAACGCCGAGUGACCACCGCGCUAGGUGAUGGUCAACCCCGUAUGAUUACUCCACCUCCUUUGAAGUGUUCUACCGCUCGUUCCUUUGACUCCGACGAAAAGGUUCCAAACAAGGCAAAGAGGAACGGAAACACUGACGGGGCUCCCGACUCUGGAUGUCCUCGCACUUCUACUCCAAAGGCAGGGAAGAGCACUCUAUCACUUUCCACCAAAUCUAACAGCACCCAAGCGCUGAACAAAACCAGGAGCGCGAGCCGCUCAAAGACCUAAGAUGCUCUGUACUCCUGUUUCAAUUUUUCCGAACUCGCCGCACGAACAUCUCAAGAUUCC